UCAAGAGCAUAGUUUCACCUAAAUAAGAAGAAAAGGAUUGUAAAAAAACACAAAAGAAGUCAAGGUUACAAUUGAAAUGGAGGAGGUUGUGAUCGUCGGAGCAGGCAUCGCGGGGCUAGCAACUGCAAUGGCCUUAAAGAAGGUCGGCGUGCGAGGACUGGUGCUGGAGAGAUCAGAGGGGCUGAGAGCCACCGGCGCGGCCCUGACCCUCUUCCCCAACGCCUGGUAUGCGCUCGAUGCGCUCGGGAUUUCGGAUAAGCUCACCACCAUUUACACUCCCUUCGUCAAGGAUUACGUGACCAAUGUGAAGACAAAAGCCAUCCGGGAAGUGCGUUAUGAGGGGGUGAAUAGGAGUGGGGAUGAACAGAGAGCGGUCAACCGGAAAGUCUUAUUACAGGUCUUGGCGGAGGAAUUGCCUCCUAAUACCAUCCGUUUCUCUUCAAAGGUCACUUCCAUUGAAACCCAAGUGGAACAAGGCUCGUCUAUUUGCAUCCUCGCGCUUGAAGAUGGAACUAUCAUCAAGUCUAAGGUUGUUAUCGGAUGUGAUGGAGCGCAUUCUAGGAUCGCCCGCUGGUUAGGGCUCGGCUCGCCGGUUGACUCCGGCCGGUCUGCCAUUCGCGGGUUGGCCGUGUACUCGCAAGGCCACGGGUUGAACCAUGAGUUUCAGCAAUUCGUGGACGUCUCAAAGAGGGCUGGUUUCGUUCCUCUCAACGAUAAGGAGAUCUACUGGUUCUUUCUUUGCAAAGCUCCUCCAAAAGGUGCGGACAUCGGAGGUGACCCAAAUUUACUGCUAAGAGAAGUGGUUGACAACUUAGCCAAAGACUUUCCUCCCUUGUACCUCGACGUCGUUGGCCACUCCGACCUCUCCACCUUGACGUGGGCACCGUUGAUUUUUCGUUAUCCGUGGGACGUCAUCCUUGGGAACCUGACCAGCGCGAACAUCACGGUGGCCGGAGACGCCAUGCACCCCAUGACGCCAGACUUGGGCCAGGGUGCGUGUUCGGCCCUCGAGGAUGCAGUCGUGUUGGCUCGGAACAUCAGAAGCUCCAUUUCCGGACUAGGCGAACUCGAGACGCGAAACGACGGGUUCGCGCUCGAGAGGUACACGAGGGAGAGGAGGUGGAGGGCGGCAACAUUGAUCGCAGCAUCGUUUGUGUCGGGUUGGGUUUCGCAGGAUGGGUCUAGUUGGUGGAUGAGAUUCCUAAGGGACGUAUUCUAUAAAUUUAUACUGGGAAGAGCCCUUAGUGCUAGUACGUACGAUUGCGGCAAACUUUGCCAAUGUCAACAGCGAUCGCCGACCAGGAAAGUAUUAGGGUGCCAACACCUUUACGCCGAUGAAAUUCUUAGAAGGGGAACUUAUUUUGAAUUUUUUUUGGUUCCAUAUAGGCAAUUUCGUUCUCAUGCUUAGUACUGUUGUUAUGAAAUUUGUUGACAUUAUGUCAUUAUAAAUGAGUGGGUGGAUUUAUUUA